CUUCCUGCCGCGACAGUGCUGCUGGAAGACGCAGGGCAGCGACUUGCGGGCGCAGCGGCUGCAUUUAUCGCCGGCGGCCCCUGACGAGACACAUUUCAUCUUCACCUUCCGGCAUGGAAGGCAGGCGUUGGUGGCACUGGGCCUUUUAGCCGUCAUGCUGGGCCUCCCCACAGCGAGAUGGGUCUGGUUACACAAACCACCAAGAGGACGGCGGUCGGCUGAGAGCUGGAGCGGCAUCUCAGACUGCCAGGGUGGAGAGUUGGAGACCAAGAAUUGGAGCAGGGAUUAUCACCGGCGAUCAAGCAGCUGAGGGACCGUGAGACGCCGUUGGAGGCCGGUCGUUUAGCGUCAGACAACUAGAUAACCCGGCCAUCGGUUCUAUCAAGUAGAGAACAGAGUUCCACAGUUCGACAGUUCGACAGCUCGACAGUUACUACAAUGUCGCCCAAAAAUGGCCAUGUCAACAUGCUGACCGACGCCAUCAUCGCCAACCUGCCGCUGGAUGGCGUGCGGUCGGUGAUGCGUGGCGUGCUGGCUGCCCAGCCGAGCCUCACCCCGGUCUUUGAAGAACUGACCCGCAACUAUCUAUACGAGACUGCUUCGAGAUACAAUAAUCAAGUAGUUACAGCACAGAAAGCAGAUGGGACCUUCACCACGACGCCCGCGUUUGCAGCCCUCCGCCAGCGCAUCUACUGCAUGGUCGGGUGCGGCCUCUGCUACCAGUCUCUACCUCUUCUACGCGAUAUCGUCAAUCAGGUUGCCAGUCUGGAUUCAUCAGACAGGUUAGAUGCUGUUCUUAAAUCCCAGAUAGCUGCAGUGGACGGCGACAUCAUCCAGACCCUCACGGCUAUCCAAAAGACGCUCUUCGUCCCUGCAGGCUCAAGAGACCUCUCAGAAAGCGAAGCACAGCCAGUCCAAGAACUUCUCCAGUCUCUUCUAUCCUGUCGAGAGUCAUGGGAGCGUAACGGACAGUCUUUCCUCCUGCAGCGAGGGCUAGACUCUACAGCCCAGCUCCUAGGCCCGUCGCGAGCCCUCUAUACCCCCAAACCCACCAGUAUCAGACCACCAUCUGAGCUUCCUCCUUCGACUAUCAACGAGACCUUCACCCUGGACGGAAUAAACCUGCCCCGUAUAUUCACCGGCCUCUGGCAGCUCUCCAGUCCAGCCUGGGGCUCCGCGCCGCGAGAGAAGAUGAUAGAGCAUUUCUCCAACCAUGUCCAGCGCGGCUUCACAGCAUUCGACAUGGCCGACCAUUACGGCGACGCAGAAAUUAUAUUCGGCGGAUACCGUUCCUCGAGCGCAUACUCGGACUCGAUCUUCGCAGCGACGAAAUACUGCGUCUUCCACCCGAUGACGGUCUCUGAGGAAGCUAUACGGGCAAAUGUAGACCAGCGGUGUCGGCGGCUGUCCACGGAUAGUAUCGACCUGCUGCAGUUUCAUUGGCAGUUUUACAACGACGACCAAUAUAUCACUGCCCUCAAAUACCUGCAGCAAGACGAACGAGUGAAACACCUCGGCCUCUGCAAUUUCGACACGGAACACAUGCAGAGAGUCGUCGACAGUGGUGUCGAGAUAGUAACCAACCAGGUCCAGUUCUCCCUCAUCGACUCAAGGCCAACGAUCAAAAUGGCCGAGGUCUGCAAGAAACACAACAUCAAGCUUCUCACAUACGGGACACUCUGCGGUGGCCUUCUAGCUGAAAAGUGGAUUGGUCAAGAGCCCCCAGAUCUGUAUAGCGACGAGGCAACCCCGAGUCUGCGCAAGUACUACACCAUGAUCCGCAGCUGGGGCGGCUGGGCUCUCUUCCAAGAGCUUCUACGCGCUCUGCACGCCAUCGCCCAGAAGCACGGCGUGACCGUCUCAAACGUCGCAACGCGGUGGGUGCUGGAUUUCCCGUACGUCGGGGCUGUUAUUGUUGGCGCGCGCAUGGGCGUGAGCGAGCAGUCUGCAGUGAAUCUAGGGAGUUUGGGGUGGACGCUCGAUGGGGAGGAUCGGGCCAGUAUCGAUCAUAUCUUGCAGCGCAGUUUGAGGGGGGAGAUGUUUGAGAGUAUGGGUGAUUGUGGGGGAGAAUAUAGGUAAUAUAACAACUAUAUUAGUACUCCACAAAACUAUCUUGAUGCAGACUAUGAAGGUAUCUAGACUAAACCCAG